AUGGCAAUGGAACAGACCCAAACGCUGGCACUUCUGGAGCGGCUUGGAGGUUGCAUCAGCCUCGUGUCCGUCCUGCUGAUCUUCAUUGCAUACGGGCUCGUGCCGCGCGUUCGCAAUCCCCGAAACACUUUUAUUGUCUUUGCAAGCAUUGCCAAUCUCGGUGCAAGCAUCGCUUGUAUCAUCGCUAGGGAUGGCUUGGAACGCGGCGAAGACUCUGCCCUUUGCAGGACGCAGAGCUUCAUGCUUCAUAUGUUUAUGCAGUCUGAUGCUUGGUGGUCACUUGGAAUGUCGUUCAAUACGUUCCUCGUUAUCGUAUUCCGUACGAACCCAAACUCCUUCCAUAUGUGGCCGUAUUGCUUGGUCUGCUUUGGAGGGCCAUUUUCCAUCGCCCUGACCUUGCUAUUUAUCUCUGAUCCAACCCGUGGACCAGUUUAUGGCAAAACAUACGUCUGGUGCUGGAUUCGUGACGACUGGGCAAAUAUUCGCAUUUUUACGUCUUAUAUCUUUGUAUCCGUUUGUAUUCUUGGAUCAGCGGCCCUAAACAUCAUCGUUGGGUACCGAAUCUUCCACUCCAGGAACCAAAUACGCCACUUUCCGCAUUCACAGAUCCAAGACACAAGCAGCAAUGGGCAGGCACAUAAGGCAAAGCCACCAUCAAGUCGCGAGGACUCCGCACAUCCGAUAAUUGUCACCGAAGUCUUCGUCACUCAUGCGCCAGCCUCCCCUAUCGUGAAGCCGAAUAUGACACCAACGCAUUCAACAUUUCGAAUUUCAGGAUCCCCGCCGCAGGAGGUGCCCAAUAUAUAUUCUUCGACCCAGGUGUUUGCCAAGGCAGGCAAUCCUGCCGAAAAAAUGUCCCAAAUACGACGAAUUAUGCGAGCAGCCAAGAAGUUUGUAUUUAAGUUCCAUAUCCAAGACCCUGUGAAACGGGCAUAUCUACGCACCACAUUUCUAUUUACUCUAAGCGUCCUCGUUUCGUGGACUCCAGCAACCAUUAACCGCAUCCGCAGCUCACAAGGUCCCGACCCUCCAUCCUCCUACCAGGUUGCAAUGGUGGCCGUCAUGCCACUCCAGGGGCUUUGGAAUGCCGUCAUCUUCUUCAUGACGAGUCAUAGGGUUUUGCGGGACUGGAUGCGUGAUAAAUGUGACGUCCGUGCCUCCGGAUCUACGAAGAUAAAUGAACUCGUGAUGGAGCGGACUGUUGAAGAGACGAAUGUGGACGAGGAUGAUGACCAUACUGAUUCGGGAAGUGACAUCGAGCUACGUCAGCGAGAAAGCGUACCAGCGAAGUGA